UGGCAUUACGUAAUUCAUCAAGCGCGAUUGCUCUUCACAUAGUUUUAUGUUCUAUGCAUCGUGAAUUUUCCGAGUGUACUUUUUUUAGAAUCGGUUUGUCGUAUAUUUCACUUGGCUCGUGUGUUACGUUUCGCAAAUUUCGUGACUGUGUCAAACGCAGAUUAAUCCAGUCAAAAUGUUUAAUCAAAUAUUGCGACCUAUUGUUCGCAACAUGGCCAGAAAUGGUAAUUUUUUAUGUGAAGGUACUCGUUGUGCCAGCUCAAAAGUGAUAGAUGUUAAAUUGCCAUCAUUUGAUGAAAUACCUGUACCACAGGGCUCGUGGAAAGAGCACUAUGAUGCAAGACAGAAAGUUUACAAUACUCAAUUAAUUGCUGGUGUUUCUGUACUAGUUGGUACUAUAGCUUUUAUAAAACUAUCAGGCAUUAUAUUCUUUAAUUUUGGACCACCUGAAGAACCUGCUGAAGAGAAAUAAACAUUCACACAAAAUAUUAGCUAAUUAAAAUAGAUAUAAAAGCAACUGGCUACAUAUAACUGUUGAGAAUAUUAUGUACUUUAUUGUGUGAGUGUAACAUGCAAUACCUUGUACUCUCCUCAAUAAAUAGUUCAUAUUUAUAAUGGGUAUAUAAUCAGUACACAAGAUAUAUAUUUAUCUUAUGGGUCUACUCUGGUUUAACAAAACAUAUUUACUUUAUCCAUAAAUUGCAUAAAUGAGACAAUUCCAUCUAAAAAAAGCUUGUAUCUCUAAAGUGUAUAUUUAAAUAUAUUCAAUAAUAA